AUGAUAAUAAGGUCUGUUGGGCAGUUACAGUUACGAAAUCUAGCAUGGCGCAAAACCACGUGCCUGUAUCUUUAAAAACGCAAGAGCUUCCUUUAGACUGCAACUUCCUCCUUUAUGCCUGUACCGAAGCCGACAGGCAGCUAGAAUGGUGACUUUAGCCCUAGUUGCCUGCUUCCUCCUGAGGGCUUGUUUAAUAUUAGGCUUUGCUUCUUCAGAGGCUGCCAGGACACAGCCGCACAUCGUUUUUAUUUUAGCCGACGACUACGGCUGGAACGACGUGGGCUACCAUGGCUCCGAGAUCAAGACGCCCAACCUGGACGAGCUUUCGGCUGCAGGAGUCCGGCUGGAGAACUACUAUGUGCAGCCGUUGUGCACGCCGUCCAGAAACCAGCUCAUGACGGGGAGGUACCAGAUCCGUACAGGUAUGCAGCACCAGAUCAUCUGGCCAUGCCAGCCGUACUGCGUGCCCCUGGAAGAGAAGCUCCUGCCUCAGCUGAUGAGAGAAGCUGGUUAUAAUACUCACAUGGUGGGCAAGUGGCAUCUGGGCAUGUAUAAGAAGGACUGUCUGCCCACUCGUAGAGGCUUCGACUCCUACUUUGGCUAUCUCACUGGCAGUGAGGACUACUUCACCCACAAUCGAUGUGUCAAAAUUCCGCCAAACAACGAGACUCGAUGUGCACUGGAUUUCAGGGACGGCGAGGAUGUGGCUGCCGGCUUCACGGGACAGUAUUCGACGCACCUCUUUACUGAGAAAGCCACUGAUAUCAUUACCAAGCAUGACCCAGCCAAGCCCCUCUUCCUGUACGUGGCCUUUCAGGCUGUCCACUCCCCACUGGAGGUCCCAGAGCCCUAUCUGGCACCUUACUCCUUCAUCCAGGACCAUAACCGCAGGUACUACGCAGCCAUGGUGUCGGUCAUGGAUGAGGCCAUGGGCAACAUCAGCCGAGCCCUGCAGCAGAGUGGGCUGUGGGACAGCACUGUGCUGGUCUUCUCCACAGAUAAUGGGGGGCAGACGCUGUUUGGGGGCAACAACUGGCCACUGCGAGGCAGGAAGUGGUCUCUGUGGGAAGGAGGCGUGCGCGGCGUCGGCUUCAUCACCAGCCCUCUCCUGGCGCUCCCCAGGACCAUCAGCAAAGAGCUUAUCCACAUCUCUGACUGGUUGCCCACCCUGGUGGGCCUGGCAGGGGGGACCACCAACGGAACACAGCCCCUGGACGGCUUUGACGUGUGGGGCACAGUCAGCAAAGGGAACCCUUCACCUAGAUUGGAGCUGCUGCACAACAUUGACCAGAUGUUCGUCGACACUGCGCCAUGUCCUGGAAGGGAAUCCAGAAUGAUGGCCCCAGCCAUCAAUCACAGUCCAUGGUCUGACUCAAAAUUCAAUGUCUCUGUUCAUGCUGGCAUCCGAUACAAGAACUGGAAACUGCUUACUGGGGAUCCAGGCUGUGACCACUGGUUUCCGCCCCCUCAGCUGUCCAACAGCUCAGAAUCCAGUAGAAUGGAAGCUUCCCUGAAGCCUGUACAGCUCUUCAACAUUGAAUCAGACCCUGAGGAGAGGCAUGAGGUUUCUCAGCAUCACCCGGAAGUGGUACAUUUUCUCCUAGACAGACUCCAGUAUUACGCCAAGGCUGCCAAGCCUAUUAACUAUCCUGACGACGACCCCAAGUGUGACCCGGGGCCCAGCGGAGCCUGGGGUCCUUGGGCCUAGUCUGAGUUUGACAGUCGGAGGGCUGAUCACUCCCCUUUCGUUUUUAAAACAGCCAUAAGAGGGAGAAAUGGGGUGAAACUCCAUGAAUGCAGGCCACUGUUUUACAUGAUCGUGUUUAAUACUGUCACAUCUUUUUAUGCUCUCCAGAAAUUAAAAAAUUAAUAUAUUUUAAUAUAUCUUGCUAGAUUAUACGUAUGUGAGGGAUUAUUUUGUAUAAUAGAAACUUUUUAGAACGUGUAACGGCUUUAUAUGAUGCUCAUUUAUCAUGACAUUUCUGUUAUUCUAAUAAUUUAAUGUUCGUGGAUUUCAGCAGCAUUACUAUUAGUGAUAAAAUGUUUUUACACACAAAAUCAAUAUUUGUGCAUCCCCACAGUCUAAUUCAUAUUUUUUGCUUUAUUUUUUAAUACCGACGUGCUUCACAUAGCACAUAUUUUUCAGUUAUAUAAAUUAUACAAAAAGCCGAUAUUAAUGAUACUUACAGCAAUGGAAAUAUCUACUGUAAAAGUGAUAUACUUUAGAUUGGCAUGAGUAGGUAUUGUCAAAUAUUAAACACAUAUUCUGCAAUAGUUUGUUAACCAGUUGGUUUUGAUAUCUCGAGAAUGAAUUUAAAAAUCAUGGUUUAAAAUGCUUACUUGUUUUUGUGAGCUGGCACACUUCACCGUGACCAUGGAGACAAAGAUGACUGAAACAAAGGUGACUAAAUAAUCAUUUGAUAUUUUUAAGCAUCACAGUGAAUUUAAAGAAAGAAUAAAUGUCUUAGAACUGUUAUACUACCACUACAGAAACAAGGCUUAAAAUUAAAACUGCAAAGUUCAUACAAAAUGCAAUGGACCAAAAAACAAAGAAGCACACAGAUAUACAUGAUCAUCCUGCGUAUAUUUGAAUUAGGUUUCUUUGCUUAAUAAAAAAUACCUUUUUGAAAUUGUAUCCGUUUAAAUGAUUUGAAAAUAUUUUAACAGUUCUCAUCCCACAGAAUCACAGUUUUACAAACAUCCAUUUGCAAGACUGAUACACAUACAUCUCUUAAAACUAUCCCCUAAUUUGGUGUUGCCCAAAAAAAAAAAACAAAGCAAAGCAAAAACAUGAAUUGUCUGGGGGUCCCAAAGGAAAAGGUUGGGAAACACUGCCCUAAUUUUCCUUCAUGCUUGUUUCAGCCAUCUGUCACUUACAUAAAAGUAUGAAAAGAUGGGUGGUAAGAAUUGCUUGUGUGUGUGUGUGUGUGUCUGUGUGUGUGAUUUUUACAGCAGUAAUCUGAGCCAAAAGGGACAGAAUGUGCUAAAGUUACAGUGAAUGUAUAUUUGCCUUGUAUUGCACUUCCCGUGGAGGACAUUGUACCCAUUAUUGCCUUUUGUUAUUGCCUUUUGUUAAUUCUUAUGACUCAUUGCUGUGGAUGAUUAUUACACUUUUCUUUUGAAAGAGAAAUCCAUUUUUUCAAUAAAACCAGUAUGUUGUGUCA